AUGGCAUCUACAUCUCGAGAGCUUAGUAACAACGAAAAACGCCUUCAUCUGAUGAGGCAUGCACAUGAACUUCACAAUUCCAAGGAAGAGACUAAUCCUCAACUCUCACCUCUGGGUUCGCAGCAGGUUCGUGAUGAACGGAAAAAUCUUUCUGCAAGUGGAGUGCUGCAAAGUAUUGAACUAAUCGUCACCUCCCCUCUGACACGGACAUUGCAGACUUCAGUUGGUGUUUUUCUUGGUAGUGAAGAACAUGGAGAUAAUUGCAAUAACCCAAUAAUCAUAGCAACUGAACUUUGUCGUGUACGCAUGAUUGAAAGUGAAUAUGACAUUUCGUGGGAGGCUGAAGAACGUGAAACCGAUGAAGCUGUUGCUGCUAGGGCAGUCGAGUUUAUUGGGUGGUUGUUGGCACGGAAAGAAAAGGAGAUAGCAGUGGUCAGCCAUGGAGGUUUUUUGAAACAAACUCUACUUGCAAUUGGGCAUAAGUGUGACCCCUUAGUAACCUGUGAUAAUUUCACCCCGUAA